GCGCCGCCGCUGUGUGAUUCUGCGCACACUGACACCCGGAGUCCCUGUCAUUCUGCUGCUGCUGCACACGCACAGCCCGCCCCGGUCCCGGCAUGGCUUCUGGGGACCUGUACGAGGUACUCUUUAACCAUUUGUUGACUGAGCAGUCUGUACCAAGACUGAUGCCAGGAAGUGCUGAGCAGUGAAACCACUAUACCAAACCCAGAGUGUCACAUAGAGACUUACCAGGAUCACAGGGUUGAAAGGAUCGUAGACAAAAGAAAGAGCAGGAAAGGAAAAUGGGAAUACCUAAUACGAUGGAAAGGAUAUGGCAGUAGUGAGGACACCUGGGAGCCUGAGCAUCACCUACUGCACUGUGAGGAGUUUAUUGAUGAAUUUAAUGGACUCCACCUAACCAGAGACAGGCGAGCCAAAGCUGGUAAACAGGUGGCGACAUCAAAGCUCUUACGAGGAACUACUGUAGACAAAAUGCCACACAGGUCACCUGAUUCAGGGAGAGCCAGGGGGACAGCACAAAAAAGGAGGAGGAUACAUUCAUUUCAAAAACAGAAGAAGGUCUGUUCUGCCAAAUAUUCCCCCGGGGACAGAUCUACAAAGACAUUAUCAUACAGAACUACUCCCAGUGGGCUGCAGAUUAUGCCACUGAACAAACCCUUGGAAAAUGGGGACCCCAUUAACCACACAGAAGACAAGCACUUUGAGAAUGGCACUGAGCAAGGAAAAAAUGAUCUAGAGGAUGACAAAGGGAGACAAGUUUCACCAAACAGCCUGGAAGUCUGUGACUCAUCCAUAGUCAAUGGAACUGGGGAACCUUUGACAAAUGGAGGACUGACCCCACACAGCCCAGUCAAACGGAAACUGGACUUGGAAAAGGACUGCGUGUUUGAUAAGAGAUUGAGGUACAGUGUCCGUCAGAAUGAAAGCAGUUGCCGAUUCCGGGACAUAGUCGUCAGAAAGGAAGAUGGCUUCACUCAUAUUCUUCUAUCCAGUCAGACGUCGGAUAACAACUCCUUGACACCUGAUAUUAUGAAAGAGGUCCGACGGGCUUUGUGCAAUGCUUCCUCUGAUGACAGUAAGCUUCUCCUGCUCAGUGCUGUUGGCAGUGUUUUCUGCAGCGGUCUGGAUUAUUCCUACCUUAUCGGAAAGUUGUCUACGGACAGAAGAAAGGAAAGCUCAAGAAUAGCAGAAGCUAUAAGGGAUUUUGUAAAGGCAUUCAUCCAGUUCAAGAAGCCAAUUGUGGUGGCCAUCAAUGGCCCAGCCCUUGGAUUAGGGGCAUCCAUCUUACCUCUAUGUGAUAUAGUAUGGGCAAGUGAAAAAGCUUGGUUCCAGACUCCCUAUGCUACUAUCCGCCUGACUCCUGCCGGUUGUUCCUCGUACACUUUUCCUCAGAUACUCGGUGUUGCUCUGGCAAAUGAGAUGCUGUUCUGUGGUAGGAAGCUCACUGCACAAGAAGCAUGUAGCAGAGGGCUGGUGUCCCAGGUAUUCUGGCCAACAACAUUCAGUCAGGAAGUUAUGCUUCGAGUAAAAGAAAUGGCUGCCUGCAGUGCUGUGGUACUAGAGGAAUCCAAAUGUCUAGUGAGAAGCUUCCUUAAAUCCGUAUUGGAAGAUGUGAACGAGAGAGAGUGUCAGAUGUUAAAACAGCUCUGGAGUUCCCCCAAGGGCCUGGACUCUUUAUUCAGCUAUUUACAAGACAAAAUCUAUGAAGUCUGAUUUCAGCUGUAGUCAGACUAGAGAAAGGGUCCCUCCCCCCACUUCCGUCUUGGCACCUACAGUAACCUUGAAUGAGGUUUGGGACACUGUCGUGAAGGUGCCCAGAAAUAUGCAAUGAGGUAUUCCAUGGAAUCUGUCCUACUGCUUCCACCUAAUAUUUUUGUUAAGUCACAUAAAAUGGUAUAGGGUAUUGAAACAAGAUACAAUGUACUCAGUAAUGAAACUUCUAUCUGUACAGAACCAUAACAUUCCAUCUAUCACAAAGCACCUUCUUUUCAGCAGAAUUUCUUACUGUGAGUCGUUUCACUUACAAUAUGAUGACACAAAUAUUCAAAAACAUAGUUGAAGUAAUAAUGUGAGAAUUGCACUUUGUAUCUAUUUUUUUAAUUAUUCUUUCCUUGUACUUACAUAUUGGAUGAUUUGUGUAUAUAGUUGGUUCUGCUGUUUUGGGUUUUGUUUUUGUUUUCCUGUUUGGUCUUGUAGCCAGAUGAAGUAAUUUAUAUAAUUUGUUUUUUGUUUUGGAUGGGAAGAGAUCAAAAAUUUUCACCCAUUGGGGUAUAUUGCCCAUCUCAUUAAUAAGUAAUAAUAUUAAUGAUAAUUAUUCAGGGUGUAUUGACAUAUAUGUUGUACUAUCCAAAACAGGACUGAAAGGGAGUCAUGUUACAUGGAAUGGCAUGGACACCAUUUACUUGAAAAGUAAAACAUUAGUUUUUUUUUGUUUUAAUUAAAAGAGAACACCACCUAAAACGUAAACAUAUGUUUUUCUACAAUAAUUGAAGGAAGUUACGAGUGGGUCUGCGAUUGUAGCAUGUGGCAGGUUGUUUCCUAACUAUAAGGCCUCAUUUUCCUCUCUUCUGUAUUCUGAAGGUACCCGUAGACCAGUCUACAAUAUGUGGUUCACCAGCCAAUGCAAAAUGACAUCUCCCAUCAUGCUGGGAGUUGUAGCUUUGCAACAGCUAGAUAGUUUCAGAUUGGAGUCCAUUACUAUAAAAAGUAUUUGCAAGGACAAGUUUUGGCCAGAAAUACACUAGCAUAUUAUAUGGUUGUGCAUGUAAACAGAAGAAAUAAAAUGUACCUCCUUCCAUGGUAUUUGCCGGUUGAAGUGGUAUUUGGUAAUACUACUAGAAACUGGAACCAAGAAAAAUAAAACCUUAUGUAGAAGAAAUUCACAGACAAGUAGACUUUUUUAUUUUAGAUGGUAAUUGCUGUAAACUUCUGGAAACGACCAUCCAUACCCAAAACGCAGUACAAUGUGUUAAUCAGGUCUUCUUAAAGGGGUACUCUGCUGUCCCAUCGUUCAGAACAUUUUGUUCCGAACCCUUAGAGCAGGCGGCGGGGGUUGUGAUGUCACGACCACGCCCCUCAUGACAUCACACCACUCCCCCUCAAUGCAUGUCUAUGGGAGGGGGCAUGGUGACCACCACGCACCCUCCCAUAGGCUUACAUUGAGGGGGCGUGGUCGUGGGGCACGACCCCUGCCGCCGACACCCAGCGUUCUAAAUGAUUGCGGGGGUCCCAGCUGUGGGACCCCCACUCAGACAUCUUAUCCCCUAUCCUUUAGAUAGGAGAUAAGAUGUCUAGGGGCGGAGUACCCCUUUAAAUGGGAAUUUCUUAAAGAAGCCAAUCUGGUUUAUAACCACUAUCCAUGUCUAUAAACCAUAGUUGAUCACCAUCAGAUCCACAUAUUCUGACAGCAGUUCACAUCUCUGCUGCUACCAUAAAAUCCCCUUAGCUGACACCUUUGAUGAAAAUAGAGGUGAUGGGAAUUAUAUCUUUCAGCCAUUGCUUCUAGAGAAUAAAUAUCUGCAAAUAUGGCUGAAGUAGGCAACCAAGUACCUUUUUUAGAUGUGCUGCAAAAAUGUAUCCAUAUCUUCAUAAAGAAUAACAACAAAAUGUAUCAACUAACACUAGGACUUACCUGUACAGGACCACAAUGUCUACUUUUGCCACAAAGGAUGGAAUGGACUUAAAGGGGUUUUAUGCAAAUCACUAACAUAGGGGAAAAUGUAUCAAUGGAUUUUAUUUUGGCAAAAGUUCGUUGUCAAUUUUUGAGCAACCACUUACUUGCACAAAAAUGAUGUUUUUUCGGUUUUUCUCCAAAUUAUUACAUGCAGUGCCAGGACCACCAUUGUUUCCAAGAAUUUUUUAUUUUUUUUUUGUCCUCAUUGAGGCAAAGGGGAUGUGUAUGCAGUAUACAAUGUAUCCAUAAAAGUCAAUGAACAGAGCAAGAGUCCGUAAGCAACUAGAUCCUUACAGUCAUGACCUAUCCAAUGUCUAUGCCAUAAUAGUAUUUUUUUUUAUUUAUAUAUAUAUAUAUAUAUAUAUAUAUAUAUAUAUAUAACCCUUUAAUGUAAAACACCUCUGAUGUAUAAGAAGAGUUGUAAGGCUGCAAAAAUGGGACGGAGGUGUAGAAACACACACACCAUGUAAAACAUUUCAGGUCGUUGUACUCUUAGGGCAUGAUCACAUGAAGCAGCAGCCCUGUGUGUGCAGUGAGGUUUAGAGGCAGGGCUAGCCUGUCAGUCACAUCGGUGCCUCGGCCCCGCCUCUAAACCUCCACACACAGGGCUGCCGCAGGUAGUGUUUGCUCAAAGGAGAAUAUGCAGCGUAUUACCUGCUACGCAGCGAAUUUUGCACAGGGUGGAAUACGCUGUGUAUACGAAAUAUGCUGUGUAUACGCUACGUGUGACCCUAUCCUACAGGUGGUAGUCAACCCAACACCUGUUCAUGGGAGUUGCAGGUGUUCAUUAGGAUUUAUAAGCAGUAAUGCUGCACUGUAGUCUGGUCACCUGCUAGACUGCAGGCUCCAUUGAGAAGACAGGUCAGACAGGAAUCUGACAGCAGCAUCACCCACACUAACCUGAAUACACAGAUUAAUAAUCCCAGUCAUGCUGAUUCAAAUUCAGCAUACUUUAUAAAAAUCUGUAUAGCCGUUCUGUUAUAAACCUUAGAAAAUGAAAUAUGCAAAUUAACCUUAGAGGCAUUCUUUAUGCUAUGCUAGAAAUUCUUUUUCUGCCCAAUGCGGGUGAUAAGCCCGCCCCUUUGGUCAAUAAUUCCACCCCUGUAUCAAUAUUAAUCCCUGUUCCUCAGCACAUCCAUGAAGGGGGUGGGGGUUAUCGCCCGGAGUGGGCAGAAGAAGCAUAGUAGAGCUUGAAGUGUACCUGUCAUUUGCAAAAACUUUUUAUAUAAUAUAAAUAGUAAUAAAUAUAUAUAUAUAUAUAUAUAUAUAUAUAUGUAUAUAUAUGUGUGUAUAUAUAUAUAUGUAUAGAAUGUUAUCUACAUUAUAUAAAAAGUUUAUGCAAAUGCCCAUGUAAAGAACGCCUGUAUUUAGAGUUGAGCGAAGUUACAGUGAUUCGAUUCAUCACGAACCUCGCGGCUCGGCAUUUGCUGACUUUAGCCUGCAUAAAUUAGUUCAGCUUUCAGGUGCUCCGGUGGGCUGGAGACUCUCUCCUAGCACUGUAUCCAGCUUUCAGGUGCUCCGGUGGGCUGGAAAAGGUGAACUAAUUUAUGCAGGCUAAAGUCGGCAAAUGCCGAGCCGCGAGGUUCGUGACUAAUCGGAACCCUGUAACUUCGCUCAUCUCUACCUGUAUUAUUCAGAAAGGCUGAUUUGCAUACUUCCUUUUCUAAAGAUUACAACAGAACAGCUGCAUAGAUUUUUAUAGGGUGAACUGUGUUGGAAUCAGUAUCAACUGCACCAUUAAAGGGGUACUCCGGUGAAAACCUUUUUUCUUUUAAAUCAACUGGUGGCAGAAAGUUAAACAUAUUUGUAAAUUAUUUCUAUUAAAAAAAUCUUAAUCCUUCCAGUACUUAUUAGCUGCUGAAUGCUACAGAGGAAAUUCCUUUCUUUUUGGAAUACUGAUGACGUCACGAGCACAGUGCUCUCUGCUGACAUCUCUGUCCAUUUUAGCAACCAUGCAUAGCAGAUAUAUGCCAAGGGCAGCAUGGUGGCUCAGUGGUUAGCACUGUUGCCUUGCAGUGCUGGGGAUUGGGUUCAAAUCCCACUAAGGACAACAAUAAAUAAAGCGUUCUUAUUAUAAUAACGUCAGCAGAGAGAACUGUGCUCGUGAUGUCAUCAGAGAG